GAGCCUGCCCCGAAAACCCCUCACCGCCGUCACCGCCUCGCCAUGGCCGCUGCCUCCGCUGCCACUCUCUGGACGCCCAAGUAGCCGUGUGCGCAGCCCUCCAACGCCCCUCGCGCCCGCUUGUCGUGGCCGUCUCAACGCCGCCCGCCGUCGCCGCCAACACUAGACGUCAACAAGCACGCCCGCCCGCCCAGCAACCGCCCAUUGCCGCCCCCGACGGCCAUGCCACCCCCUCGAACCCGCUGCCUCACCCGCUGAACGACCACCCCCACCGCGGACGAUGCCCAUAGACCGCACCAGCAACAAUCCCGCCCGGCCGCUGAAGCCAACCCUCGCGACCACCCGCACCUCCAAGACACCCGUUGCCCCUCGACUCGCGCCCGCGGUCGCCAGCACGCCCGCCGCCCGCACAGCCCGCAGCGCUGCAGGGACCACGCCCCGCGUGCACACGGCAGUCUACGAGGAUGUCACGCCGGUAAAGGCCUUCAUCAGCAGCAAUGUCACGCCACGCUCGUCGUCGAGGAAAUCACGCGUCGGCGGCAGCGCCAACUCGACCCCGAGCGGCACGCCCUCGACCACGCCCAUCGCUUCCCGGCCAGCUUCCACCGUAGACUACCCGCAGAAAGAGCCUGGGCCUGGCUACGGCCAGGCCGGGUACGGACCCAACGGCUUCGGAGGCGCCCAAAGACGACCAAGAAGCACCGUAGGAACAAGCAAUCACCAAGUCACAUCCACGCCAAGGCUGCCUCUGUCAAACAUCUAUAGUAACGCCCCAGAACCAGGCAGAGCGCGUGGCCCAUCCGGCUCGUCCAUGUUCUUCCAUGCCAACGACGCUCGCACCACGCCAGAACCUCAACAGCCACCCCAGAAGAAGAGCCCCGUCUUCUUCUACGCCAAUGGCGACCAGGAUGCAAGCGCACCCUCUCCUACGGCACCUUCUCCGCCGUUGUCUGCGGUGGGAAGAAUGCAAGCAGAGAGCAAAUUCUUCCACGCAAAUUCGCUACCGGACCACAGGGACAGCCCGCCAGCACUGACACCUCCGCCAAUCUCCGCAUCGCCCGAACCAUGGGCCAGUCUCCAUCCUGCAGACAGUCAGCACGCCCUGCGUCCACCAUCUCCUGCCAAGGAAAACAUACAUCUUUCGUACAGAAAGGGUGCGUCUCAAGUCAUCAGACCUAACCUCCAAACCAGAAAUUCGGCCCUUUCCAUCAUUUCAGGAUUCCACGGCUCCGACGUGGGAGCUGAUAACUCGACGAGACGAUCCAGUGUCACUUCGGCUGUCCGCUUCAGCCAUGCAAAGAGCGCAAGCCUCAGUUCCAUUGACUCCGUGCAGUCACUGAAGAAAAACUCGGCCCAUGACCAGCCUCAUAUCACGCCUAGUCCGCUCCAUAAUGAGAAACGAGUCGUGAGCACUGGCUCGCUUCCGGAAAGUGUAGCAGCUGUACCGACAGAGACGAUGACCGCCAUGUCGGCUUUGCCAUCCCCAAACGGUGACAGUCCAACUAAACUAGGCCCGGGGGGUAAGAGCAUGUUGGAACACAUGAACGAAUUAGCAGCGAAUGCACGACGCGAGCGCAAAGUGCUCGACCUCGAGAUUAGCAACAACUCGUUGCUCGCCAUUAACCGAUCGCUCGAGAGGGAGAUGCGGAAGCAGAAGGCUGAGCUACGACGCUUCCGACGCAUGAGCAGGGCUGGACGAUUUACCGCCGAUACCAUAUCCAGCUUGGAAGAAUUCUCCGCAGUUGGUGUGUCUGAGUUGGGAGAUCUAUCGGACAUGUCCGACGACGAGCCUGACGAAGUCGAAUCUGAGGACCAUAGUGACUCAUCCUUUGACGAAAGCGCCAUGAGCGAGGGCGCAUUAGCGGAACGUGAUGAAGCCCACCGGCUACGCGAUGAGAAACGACUACGACUGGAUCUUUCGAAACACCGAGAGCUUCUCGCUGAUAGCGCGAAAAUGAACCAGAGCUUGAAGCGCUGUCUGAACUGGACAGAAGAGCUCAUCAAAGACGGGCAAAAAGCACUCGCGUACCAAGUACGCGUCAGCGACGUCCAGCUAGGAGGUCGCGUGUUAGAGCCAGAAGAGCAGCCUGAAGCAGACCAAGACGAAGAGUCCCAUGGCCUCUUAAGCCCGUGGAGUCCUCCUCACCGAGAAUUGAACCCCAUGGACGGCUCUCCACCAUCCAAUCCAGAUCGAGACAGCGGCAUCGACAUCGACGGAAUGAAGUCCGCAAUAUCUGGAUUACAGAGCUUCAUAUCACCUCUUGCGUCGCCCCUAUAACAUCAAAACCACCAUACUUUUCAAUUUCCUUGUCCUACAAUUAAGCACACUAUCCCGGCGUUUUGGUUUCCUUGUUUCGGCGUUCCAUCCAACUUCCACAUCACGGCUGUAUCCUUCCCUCGGCGCAACCGGCACCAUACGUCCAGUGUGAUCUCGACGUCCUACGAAUCUUUCCUUUGUCAAAUACCCCCAUUGGCGGCGCGCCGCGCCCAGUACAUAGUAUCGCCCGCACGCCAUUUCCUUAAUGUGUUGAACCUAGUCCCGCUCGCAGACUGUGUGUUGGAGAUGCUUGACGGGCCUGGUCCUGCGGUUGGAUUAUAACGCAGUCGCAAUAACGGCCGGCCUGCCGCACGUUUUCUCUGGCUGAAGCGGCUGUAUUUUAUUUGUAUGAUACCCCCAACCACUGUUGUGCUGUAGCUAGCGAAUUCAAAGCUC